AUGACCAACCGCACUGUCCAGUGCGAAAUUAUGCCUCACUCGACGCCUGCUACUGCUCCCCCUUUACUGCAAACUCUACCACUAGACGACGUUGGCAAGCAGCAGACAGCCAGUACUGUUUUAUUUUCGGACAAUAGCGGCAGGCGAUUUGGUCGGCAGCAAUGCGAUACACCGUGCGACACUAUUCUUUCAUCUCUACUCUGCUACUAUCAGAACGUGCACGGUCUACGCAGCAAAGUAGCAGAUUUUGCUUUGGAAGCUUCCAGCUCGCUUUACGACUGCAUCGUUCUUACUGAGACCUGGUUAGAUUCAGAUAUUUCUUCUUCUCAAUUAUUCGGCAUGGAUUAUACCGUGUAUCGGACUGAUCGAUGCUUGAUGAAUAGUACCAAAGCAAGGGGUGGAGGAGUUCUCAUCGCUGUGCGACGAUCUUUGGCAUCGGCAUUGUUAAUUCAAGCUAUGGAUGAUUCGCUUGAGCAGCUCUGGGUAACGAUUAAAAUUGAUAAACUGAACGUUGUAAUCGGCGCUAUUUACAUUCCUCCUAAUUUGCGGAAUGAAGUCGAGAUAAUCGAUCGGCAUAUUUCUGCAGUGGAAAGAGCUGUUAAUUCUACUUGUAUUAACGACGAUGUUCUUAUUUUUGGUGACUACAAUCGUGCCGGCUUAUCCUGGUCGAUUCACACAGAUGGAAAUUAUCUCUUCGUUGAUGCUUUGCGCUCAUCCGUAAAUGCAGGUAGCACCCAUUUAUUGGACGGUAUGGCUUUUCAGUGCAUGCACCAGAUUAAUCCUGUUUGCAAUCAGAAUGGCAGGUUUCUCGAUUUAAUUUUCGUAAACUCGCAUGCUUUACCAGCAUGUUCAGUCACUACAGCACCCGACCCUCUCUGUAACAUUGACGUACAUCACCCACCAUUGAUGGUUAGUUUCGACAGACCUGUUGAGGCUCUAUUCAUAGACGAAUUUGAUUCAUCCAGAUUUGAUUUUUGGCGCGGAAACUAUGAUGCUAUCGAAUCAGAAUUGAGAUCGCCAUAUCGCCUUAUACAUCGCCAUAUUCCCAAAGCUCGUCCUCGUCGUAAGCCUAUUUGGGGAAAUAGACAUCUCACUAAACUUAACCGCCUUCGUAAGUCAGCUUUGCGUGCAUAUCAAAAAAAUAGAAACCCUAUCAAUCGGACACGGUUCACUUCUGCUAGUCGAUCAUACAAAACGCUGAAUAAAAGUCUGUACACGAUGUUCGUGCGUAAAACGGAACGCAACCUACGCUUAAAUCCGAAAAGCUUCUGGAGGUUUGUUAACUCGAAGCGUAAGGAAGAAGGAUUACCAUCUAGUGUGUUCCUGCUGAAUAGUGAAGCGUCUACUAACAACAGUAAAUGCGAUUUGUUUGCCGAGCACUUCGCUAGUGUUUUCAAUAAGGAGCACGCUUCACCUAACGACAUUGCCGCGGCAAUGGCUUCUAUGCCGAGCGACGUUUUCAAUGCCGAAGUCUUCGAGAUCAUAAUCGGAGAGGUUUCCAAAGCCAUCUGCGAUCUGAAACAUCGAGACUGUUGA